AUGAGUUUAUCGGUAUUGCUGGGGAUUUUAAAAAUUAUAAAAAGAAAACGGAAACCAUUAAAAGACAUAUCAACAAAUAAAUAUGUAAAAAAGAAUCCAUCUUCAACAAAAAAUCUUAUUUUUAGUAAAGGUGCAUCAACAGAAGCUUCAUCUACAUCAUCAAUAUAUUUUACACCAGUUAAUGCUAAAAAACAUAUUUUAACAAAAAAAAAUGAUACAACAUCCAUACAACCACAAAUAAGAACAACAAUAGAUGAUGACAGUUUAAUAUCGCUAUCAUCUAUAUUGACAGCAUCAGCAUCACAAGUACAUGGUAUGGAAUACUGUAAUGUGUGUAAUAAAAGCCGACUGUUCAUAUUUUAGUCCAUGUAUUGUAAUAUUGUCUCAUGCAAAUAUAUGAAAAAUUUAUCAUUUUUCAAAAUCUCAAAAUUUUAAUUCAUUUGAUUUUCUGACUCGUAAUUAAAACUUUUCAACAUAAAAAGUAUUGUUUUAUUCAGCUUUUAUUGGUCUUUCAAGUAAGAUAUUACUUGAAAAAAUCAGCUUAUUAUUGUUCAGUUAUAGUCAAAAUACUAUAAUUAGUGUAUUUUUUAAUUUUUGGGGCUCUUUUCAGAAAAUUUUUCUAAUUUAAGAAUAAAAGGUUUUAAAAGGAAAACAUAAUAGUAACUAUGAAAAGGAUUUGAUUCUAUCCAUGAUUGGAUAGAAUCAAAUACUUUUUAGGAAAGAAUAAUUUGCGUCAUGCUAUUGUGAUUCCUAAUGUUUUUAUGAAAAUAACUAUUUUUUUGUUGCGCUGUUAGUCUGAAAGUAAUAGAGAUUGAAGUUUUUCCGUAUU